AUGGGUCGAUCCAGGCAAUCUGCGUGCACGUGUCCGCACUGCCAUCAAAAUAACACCAAAGACGACGCGAAUUUCUCGAGCAACUUGGCCGGUGGCGUGGGCAAGAUGAUGGACAGCCUGAUGGAGCAGACGAAGUCGACGUACUGCUACGUGACGUCCGCCAUUUUGGUAGUCGGCAUACUGUUUUUGGUCGCGUACCUCAUGUAUCUGGUGGUCGAGUACAAGUGCUUGUUACGGUGGAACGACGACCGCUCGAUGUCAGCCAUCAGGUAUGUGGAACCGGUCGAAGUGUUCAACGUCGUGCCCCAAGACUUCUGCACGGUCAUCUCCAAAGAGCUGUACGCGCUGGAACAGAUUGGCUACGUGGACCCGGACCGGCGGGUGUCCAAGCUGAUGGCACUCGACGUGCGCACUACCGACGUGCACUACGUGUUCAUGAACGACACCCAGAUGCCUUGGCUGUCCAUGUGCUCGUUGGAGUCCGCGCUGGGCGCCAUCGGGGACAGGGGCAGGGUUAACGUAUUUUUGGUGUACGGGGCCGUGGCCAAGGCCGAUCACGAUCGCCACAAACGAAAGUUGGGGUUUCCGCCAAUUUUAUUAUUGCAGGUACAGUUGUCGGCCAGUCUGGAAAAACUGACGACGACGUACGGCGAACGGUUGAACGUGUUAAACAUUGACUUGGACGAUUGCCUGGACUGUUCACCGUUCCGUGGUAUGAAAUUGGUCAAUAAUACCGCCUUGGCCAAGUUUGCCGUCGAGCUGGUGUUGUUGUGGCAGUUCGGUGGCACCGUACUGGACGCCGGCUUGGUGGUCGUCCGCGGUGACGUAUACCGGGCGUCCGGCACGGCCGUCGAGUACGGCGACCGAGAGAUCAGCUCGCCGGCCGCCUGUAAAGAGUUCAUUUACAACGCAAUGCUGUGCACCAUAAAUUUCGUGAACCACGUCAGAAAACCGUUCGACGCACACGCAUGCAGGAAGAUAGUGGACAAGACGGUCGAGCGAUUCCGGUACUCCGCCAAAGACGCCCAACCGCUUAACGAACAGGUAGUCUGCAAGAACGGCGUAGUGGCCGACUAUUGUUAUUACGUGGAAGCUGACCGCCUCGUGCAUUCCGAUAAGUCAUAUAUGCACGGUUUCUGCCCCGUUAUGAGCAACGUGUCGUUACCGUGGCUCCAUAAAAUGAUCCUUAAGGACUCGACCGCGAACUAA